GCUCAACCCUCAUGUAAACUUAAACGGAUGUAUUAGAAAUUUUAGAGAUUCACAACUAUCACACAGAUUAUUGUUUUUUUUUUAUCUCUAUCUUUAUAUAGGUUCUCAUCGUAUAUAAAGUUUUUCACCUCGUAAAUUAAAUCCGCGUAAAAACAGAUAUCUAUGUUUCGUGAGACUGGGGGAUACAAGAAGGAACCUGGCAACACAAGCUGUCAUUUUCCGGCGCGGGAAAAUCGUAAACAACACACAGCGGAAGAAAGCCCUUUAAUGCAGUUUUCUUAUAUGAUAGUUGUGCAGUACACAUAUAACAUUUUCGUCAGCUUAAGUUGCUGUAACUUUUAUUAGAGAAGAACAAGCGAAGGUAAUUCAUGGUCACUAAAACCCACAAAGUUUUCGCUGCCAAAUUCUGAAAGAAGCUAGCAACAACGUUGCGUUUAUUACGUUAGCUAGCUAUCGUGUUGCUGUAGCGUUCGCUUUAAAUUAUGUGUGCCAUAAAUUAAAGUUAAACAACGUUAGUUAAAUCUGUCAGGUAAGCAGUAUCGACCCUGUACGCUACAAUGGAUCGCUACAACGAGGUGAAAUUGCUGCUUAAAAGCUGGGAGCAGGGGUUUGUCAAAGAGCAUCACAAGAAACCAAACAAGGAGGACAUUGAUCAGGCUCCAGAGGAGACCAGGAAGCUGUAUAAAGAGUACCGCAGUUUGAAACAAGCCAAAGAAAACAGCAGCAGUGAUGCAGCUGGCGGACAUGCUGAACAGUCCAGAUCUACAGCUGAGGUCAACACCACCCAGAAGGUACUGGAGAAGGAGUCAGACUGUUGGGGUGCCCAUCUGAACCGCAUUGCACAGCCUGCAUUUUCUCCCAGACUGACACCCCAGGAGAGAGACAGUCUGAAUGCCUCUGCUCAAUACUAUGGCCUAAAGCUUAAAAACAACCUGGCUACACUCAGUAAGGAGAGACCUAUCUCACUGAAGAAAUCGUUCCUUCUGGGUCGGGUGCCUCUAAACUCCUUGAAAGAUGGACAAACUGGACAGACAAACAGCCCCGUUUCUGCUGCUACCAAGACCACUUCCACUGACCCCGAAUCCAGCCCUUUCUCACCAAGAAGAGUAAAGACUUGCUUGGGGUCCCUGGCUUCAAAGACACUCCAACCAGUGGAGCCUGAAGAGCUGUUUGAACCAUUUGAACCUGUUAGAGAGUCUUGUGAGGAACCUGCAAGUGCUGCGAGUAGUUGUAGUAAUAAUAUUAGUAGUAAGAGGAGUACUUGUAAAGUUACUAGUUCACAAAAUCAAAGCGCCUCUAGUCUAGCAUCCUCUCCAGCCAGAUCUUCUGCCCUGUUGUCGUCGUUAUCUUCUCCAUGUAGUGUCGGAACUUCAGAAGGACAUGUAGGAGCCACAGGAAAGUUAAAUGAAAGCAUAGGAGCUUCAGGAGACAAAGAAGAAAAUGUUGAAACUUUAGGAAGUCCACAUGGGGGUAUUAGUUCUGCAGGUGUUGGAACUUUAACUGGAUUGAGAGGAAGCCCUCGGUGUCUUGGAGGUUUCAGAGGAGGAAUGGGAGUUAGAGGCACUGGAGGAAGGCCCUCCCCUGGCAGCAGACUGAGUUUUGUUGACAGGAAGUGGUUAGAGAGGUGUCAGGUAUUUGGAGAGAUGGAGGCUGAGGUGAGGCCUGGAGCAGGCAACCAGGAGAUAGAUCUGGAGAAAAGUGGAGAGAGAGAAAGGGGAAGAGAAACGGAAGGAAAAAUACAAGGAGAUGAAAGAGUUGGAAAUGAAGAAAUAAAUGCAGAGGGACUAAGAAGAGAUGCCGACUCGGGAAGAGAUGAAGGGAUUAAGAGCAUUACCAGUGACAAAAUAGUCUGUGAUAGUGCACCGAAACCUGCUCUAAAACACACUGCAAAAGGCAGAGGAGGAGGGAAAGAAAAAGUGAAAAGGAAGGGAGGUGAGGAGAUGGAAAGAGGAUUGACACCACCUUUAAUGCCAGAAGACAACAAUGAGACAAGUCACAAAUCCAGAGGUACAAAGAAGAGAGGGAGGAAAAGGCAGAGAGAGGGAGAGAGCAUGGAGGGAGAGACGACAGAGGAGGGAGGAGUGAAGAAGAGGCAUAGGAAUGGCAAAAAGAAAGAGGAGAGCUCUGAUGUAAACCCCAGCCCAGCUCAAGAAGGAGGGAAGAAAAGGAGAGCCAAGAAAAAGGGAGAUGAAGAUGGAAAUGCAGAUGAAGAGAAAGAAACCAAGGUACCAAAAAAGGUUCCCCAGGAGAACUUGUUAGGAGAAAUAGAGGAGGAAUUUGGAACCAAGAGAAUGUAUCGCACUCAGUCUGUCAGAGCCAGAAGCAUGAAAGGUGCAGAGGGUAACUUUGUGAAGAUAAAUCUGAAGAAGAAAUCUCAUGUCAAAGGAUACGCACUAAGAGGUGUAGGUCUACGCAAACAGUUGUACAUGCAGAAGUUCCAGCUGAAAGGUGAACAUUUUGGUGGAGGUGGUGGAUUUUUUGGCAGAGGAAGGAGGGGUGGAUUUAGAGGGGGGUUCAGUCGACAGGGUGACACCUGCUACAAGUGUGGAGGGACCGGACACUGGGCCAUCGACUGCAAGGGACGAGCCCCUCCUCCUCCUGUUCCUGAGGACCCGCCUGCUGAAGAGGAGCCGUUUGAACUGCCAACUCUGGAGGAGGUUGCCAGGGCGACAGGAACACUGCAGCCUCAGCCGCUGGUGGCAUCUCCCAGUAUCGAUGAGAAACGGCCAUACCAAGAAAAGGAGGUGGACAGUAACCAUAAAGACGAGGUGUUGCUGAAUGUGAUUCGUCCUGACUAUGAGCGCCCUGCUCCUCCACCACCAAUGGAACCACUUUAUCAUCUCAAAGAUGAUGGGAAAGUCCAGGCAACACCUACUGAGGUGUAUGCAGCUCUGAGAAACCUUGGCUAUCAGUCAUUUAGACCAGGACAAGAGGAAGCCAUCAUGAGGAUCCUGUCAGGUCUCUCUACCCUCGUAGUGUUGUCAACAGGGAUGGGUAAAUCGCUGUGCUAUCAGCUCCCAGCGUACCUGUAUGCUCAGCGAUCAACAUGCAUCACUUUGGUCAUUUCACCUCUAGUCUCACUAAUGGAUGACCAGCUGUCUGGCCUGCCAGCCAAGCUGAAGGCAGCCUGCAUCCACUCCAACAUGACGAUGAAACAGAGAGAAGCUGCAAUAGAAAAGGUGAAGUCAGGUCAGGUGUGUGUGUUGCUCCUCUCUCCAGAGGCUCUGGUUGGUGGAGGUGGUUCAGGUUCAGGGUGUCUGCCCUCUGCUCAGGAGCUCCCUCCUGUGGCCUUCGCCUGUAUAGACGAAGCUCAUUGUGUCUCAGAGUGGUCACACAACUUUAGACCCUGCUACCUAAGACUUUGUAAGGUACUAAGGGAGCGUUUGGGAGUGCAGUGCUUGCUAGGACUCACAGCUACAGCCACACUGUCCACUGCUCUGGACAUUGCGCGUCAUCUGGACAUCACUGAUCAAGACGGCAUCGCAGUCCGAUCUGCUGCAGUGCCUCCUAACCUGCAUCUGUCUGUGUCCAUGGAUAGAGAAAAGGAUCAGGCUUUAGUAUCCUUGUUAAAAGGUGAUCGUUUUGGUUGUCUGGACUCCGUCAUUGUCUACUGCACCAGAAGAGAGGAGACUACUCGUGUGGCAGCACUGCUCAGGACCUGCCUGCAGGGGGUGCUGGUGAAGGAAAACAAACAAACCAACAGCAGCAGUCAGAUACAAAACAACCCUGUUGGACAGAGAAAGAAAGAGCUGGCUAGGAAGAAGAUUCGUAAACCACUGAAAUGGCAGGCGGAGUCGUACCAUGCCGGCUUGUCAGCAUCAGAGCGUCGCCGUGUCCAGAACAACUUCAUGUGCGGGGAGCUCAGAAUUGUGGUGGCCACUGUGGCAUUUGGCAUGGGCCUUGAUAAAUCUGAUGUCCGUGGUAUCGUCCACUACAACAUGCCUAAGAGCUUUGAGAGCUACGUUCAAGAGAUUGGGAGGGCAGGAAGAGAUGGAGAACCAGCACACUGUCACCUCUUUCUGGACCCUGAGGGUGGGGACCUCCAUGAGCUCCGUCGUCAUAUCUAUGCGGACACAGUGGACUACUACAUAGUAAAGAAACUGGUCCAGAAAGUUUUUCCUCCGUGCAAAUGUAAACAGAUACACCAGAGACAACAGGAUCUUGUAAAGGAUGUUGAAGAUUCAGAGCUGCUGGAAAUGAUGGAUGUGUGUGAUCAGGGGAGCAGCCUGAACCCUCCCACUCAGCAGGACAUACCAGUGCCAUCUACUGCACAGGAGAUGUCACAUCCCGAUGCAGCGGAGCUACCCCUCCAAGAAGAUAGAGAUGAAGGAAAGGAAAACGAGGAGGAGGAGGAGGAGAAAAAAGAGGCGCAGACAGUUGAACACAAGGAAGCUGAUGGUUUGAUGAGGCACAAGGACAUGGAGGUGAAAGGAGCCAGUGAUUGGCUGAGGGACCAGGAAGAGGAGAGCAGUGAUUGGCCUAGAGAGCGAGUGUGUCACACGCACGAGAGAGCGAUUCCCAUCCAACAAACUGUCGAGGCUCUGGACAUCACAGAGGAAGGUGUAGAAACGCUGCUCUGCUAUCUGGAGCUGCAUCCCCAGCGCUUUGUUGAACUUCUCCACCCAACACUGUCUGUGUGUAACAUCAGCUGCUAUGAAGGACCAAGACAACUCCAGAAAAUCACUAAAAUUUGCCCUCCGGUUGCUGUGGUGUUGGCCAGAAAGCGAAUGGCAGGCGAGCGCGUGGAGACAUGCGAUCAACUGGAGUUCGAUGUUGUCGAGGUUGCGGACACUAUGGGAUGGCAGCUUCCUCUUGUGAAGAGAGGACUCAGACAGCUGCAGUGGAGCACUGGUAGAACUGGCGGGCGUAGUGGUGUCCACGUUGAAUUCUCCUCCAUAUCUUUCUACUUCCGUUCCUAUGGCGACCUCAGCGAUGAGGAGAUGGACAGAGUUUGUCAGUUCCUCCAUAAUCGAGUGCAGAACCAAGAGAGAACACAGCUGUACCAGCUGACCGCGUGCUUCAAGGCCUUCAAAAGUGUCGCAUUCAACAACGUAUCGUCCUGUGUUGAUUAUUUGGAUGAGAGUCGCAGUCUCCAACUGAAAAGCCUUCUCUCCGAGUACUUCGACAAGAGGCGAGACCGAGGCCACACACUCACACCAGUGGACAUUGAGGAGCUGGACAAAUAUAAGUUGUCGGACUGGGAGAAUCAGAUCACAGCGGACAUCAGAAGUUUUCUUGCCAACCGAAGUGAUGAGAAAUUCUCUGGAAGAGCUGUUGCUAGAAUCUUGCAUGGCAUAGGCAGUCCUUGUUAUCCUGCUCAAAUCUAUGGCAGAGACAGACGCUACUGGAGGAAGUACAUCCAGUUUGACUUCAACCAGCUCAUCAGACUGGCAACUCAGGAGAUAAUCCGCUUCAAGUGACCGACCAAAUGUGCAUGUGCGUACACAGGUCUGCGCACAUGCGCCAUUCAAUUAUUUACUCACUCACUCAUACUCUUGCAGUCUGGUUUGAUGGAUUUGGCCAGAAACACCUGUUUUUGUUUCUCAUAUCACUUUUAUUCCAUCAUGUUGAAUGAUUUAAUCUGAUGUUUUCUACAAUGUAAAGUUUUUAUACAUGUACAUAGUAUACUCAUAAGGUUUUCUUUGUGGACUGUAAUUAAAUAAAAAAAUCUAUUUUUCUA